CCGCCUUUGCCACGCUUUACGGCCCGGCACGGCGCUUUUGCUGCAGUUGCUCCAGGCGCUGCUGUUGCUACAGCCUCUCCUACCGGGGCUGCUGCCCGGGAGGUGAAGGGAGGUUAAGUGUGUUGUUGUGUUAGUGCUGCCGUCGCCGCCCGGGACGGAGCUGAGAGCCGGACGUCCGCAGGCUGACGAGAGCGGCCAGUCAGCAGCUGCGUGCUCUCCUCAGGCCGGGUCCUGUCUGCGCUGCCGCAGGGAGGCCGCCCGGCCCAGCGAACCGAACCAAUGCUGGACCUGGAGGUGGUGCCUGAACGCUCUCUGGGGAACGAGCAAUGGGAAUUCACACUGGGAAUGCCUCUGGCUCAGGCAGUAGCCAUUCUUCAGAAGCACUGUCGCAUCAUCAAAAAUGUCCAGGUUCUCUACAGUGAGCAGUCUCCUCUAAGCCAUGACCUCAUCCUUAACCUGACUCAAGACGGGAUCAAGCUACUGUUUGAUGCUUUCAAUCAGAGACUUAAGGUGAUUGAAGUUUAUGACUUAACAAAAGUAAAGUUAAAGUAUUGUGGAGUGCAUUUUAACUCUCAGGCCAUCGCUCCUACCAUUGAGCAAAUUGACCAGUCUUUUGGUGCAACCCAUCCAGGAGUGUACAACUCUGCUGAGCAGCUCUUCCACCUCAACUUCAGAGGACUGUCUUUCUCUUUUCAGUUAGACUCAUGGACGGAGGCUCCCAAGUAUGAGCCCAAUUUUGCCCAUGGUCUAGCUUCUCUUCAGAUACCCCAUGGAGCAACUGUAAAACGAAUGUACAUCUAUAGUGGAAACAGCCUCCAGGAUACCAAGGCUCCUAUGAUGCCCCUGAGCUGUUUCCUGGGGAAUGUAUAUGCUGAAAGUGUAGACGUUCUUCGAGACGGAACUGGACCCUCAGGGUUGCGACUUCGCUUGCUCGCUGCAGGUUGUGGACCCGGAGUAUUGGCAGAUGCCAAAAUGAGAGUAUUUGAGCGUGCGGUGUAUUUUGGUGAUUCUUGCCAAGAUGUUCUUAGCAUGCUUGGCUCUCCACACAAAGUCUUCUAUAAAUCUGAAGACAAGAUGAAAAUUCACUCUCCUUCCCCUCAUAAACAAGUUCCAUCCAAGUGCAAUGACUACUUUUUUAACUAUUUCACUCUUGGAGUGGACAUCCUGUUUGAUGCAAAUACACACAAAGUGAAGAAGUUUGUCCUGCAUACCAAUUACCCUGGGCAUUAUAAUUUUAACAUUUACCACCGCUGUGAGUUCAAGAUCCCACUAGCCAUAAAGAAAGAAAAUGCAGGUGGUCAAACCGAAAUAUGCACAACCUACAGCAAGUGGGACAGCAUCCAGGAGCUUCUGGGCCAUCCUGUGGAAAAGCCGGUUGUCUUGCACAGAUCCUCAUCCCCAAAUAACACCAACCCAUUUGGCUCUACAUUCUGCUUUGGUCUUCAGCGGAUGAUCUUUGAGAUUCAGUGGCCGGUUCACUGCGGAGGAAGGGAGGAGAGGUAAGUAAGCAUCGGUUCCCCGGAGUUCGCACCAUCCCGCACCCGCCUGGGGAUACCUGGGCCCAGCCCUAUUCCGGCUCAGAUCUACCUGCUGGUGACCCCGCUUCUGCUGGUGAACCUCACCUAUGAGCUGACCAUGGAACAGAAAAGUCUGGCCGGCGGCCGGCAGUGGCUUCUCCUCGGCCGGAGAGGAAACCAGGGACUUCGAACCUGCUGGAGCUACCUGUGUGGCUCCACCCUGGCCAGUGGAGUCACACGUCAGUUUGCAGAACUCAUCCUCCAGCUCCGCGAGUUCUUCGUCCCUGAGCCGGUCGGGCUGCGCAAAGGGGUGCACAGUAAGUGCGGCUUUUGGCCGCAAAUCCCCACCCAUCCCAUCCUAACUACAGACACCAGCACCUUCUGGGCUAAGAUGUAAUUCAAACAGCGCUCUUCGUCGGUCAGCCAACUGUCCAGCUGCUCCGCACCAGCACGCAACUCCAGUUGCAACCGCACUGCUUCCUGGGCAAGCGCCGCGGCCAUGCACCUCUGCAGUGCGGUGCGCAGCGCCCCCUCGCGGUAGGCUUGGAGAAAGCGGCCGCAUAGCAGGCGCCCGCAGAAACGCAACUGAACGAUGAGCUGAGGGUCGCUGCAGUGGAUCUUGAGUAUCUGCAGUACGUCGGGGCUGUCCCCACUCUCUGCGGAGGCGAUCAGUCAGGCCACCCGCUGUCCCCAAACAGGACUUUUCUUCCAGCAGCCAGAGGAGGAAGCUAAGCCCGUAGUCCGGCCUAUUCUCCCAACCCCCACCUUCAGCCUCUACUGCUCUCUGCCCAGAGAGAACGGAAAGGGUAGGUACUGGGGAGGAGUUUGGGCAAGGAAUGCUGCCGUGAGAGAGGAAGAAAAGACAGAAAAGUGCAAUUAGUAGCAAAGAGAACUGGCUGCUCAGAAGUAAAGACAGAUGUAAAUCAAGCUGACAUUAGAAGAGAAAUGGGUAGAUCUGGAAGGCACAGGAAAGUGUACAAAUGUUUACACUCAAUGACACAUACAAUAAGCAAAGGAAGAUUGCAGACCCCACACAGCCGGGAGUGCUCCCUCUCUCCUCAUCCCUCUCCCAACCCCUCACCCAAAUAAUCUUUUUCUUAAAGAGUGUCUGAGCCUAAACCACAAAGCAAAGAAGUGGGCUCUCAAUCCCAGUCCCUCCUACAAAGUCCCAGAGUCACUACACCUUCCCAGCCACACACACCUGACAAUGCAGCCUGCAGAGCCUUGUAGAUUGCCACUUUCUUCUUGGGAUCUGUGUAGGCUUCAGAUAGGACCACUUUGUCCAUCGAAGACUCCAAAAACAGGUAUGCACUGCCCACCCACUCCUCAUGGCCAUUCUGAUCAGCUGCCAUCUUGCCUCCUAGAGAUGCAAAUAGAUCAUCUCCAGACUUGGAAACAACUAUCCAGUCUCAUGUGGUCCAGCUGUCCUUCCACAGAGUUCCCAGCUUUUGACUCUGCUCAUAGUCCUGCCCAACCCAGGCAUGAAUCCCUCCACUGCCUUUGACAAGAAGUCUAAGGUCACAGUAACAGCAGAACAGAGGUGGGUCCUAGGCCAGUAUGUUUCUCUUAUGAAAGCUGACAAAAGGUAUCUUCCACCUGAAUGGUGCGCAUGCUCCAAAACCAGCCAGACUACCGGACUCGUGUCUUAGCUCUGCCUUCAGCUUAAGUUCCCAGAGCCUCUGCAGGACAAAAGGACCACCCACGCUCCCCCUAUACCUGGCUCCACUUAAUUGUCCCUGCCUAGAUCCAAGUUCAAAUGUGAAAAGCAAGGCUGGUCAGUCUACAUAUCCUGUUCACCACUCUUCAGGACCCAGUCAGAACUUGAUAUAGGGCUCAGACUGGACUAAUGACACUCAACUCUGUAUUGCUGGGUGGACCACUGAUAAAGAGGCACUAACUUCCCCAUCUUUGGUGUGGAAUUAAAGGGACAGAAUAGAUCUCUGGCUCCUGCUUAGGAAGAACCUAUCUGAGGGAAGGAAGAAGUCUACAUGGAAGGAAAUAAAGUCAAGAGAUGAAGACACAAUUGUUUUUUGUUUUUCUGAGACAAGGUCUAUGUCUGUGAUGGACUAGUUCCUGGCUGGAUUGUUUGUUUUUUGUUUUUCUGAGACAGGGUCUAUGUCUGUGAUGGACUAGUUCCUGGCUGGCCUGGAACUCACUCGGUAGACCAGGUUGGCCUCCAACUCACAGAGAUCCACGCGCUUUGAUUCCUUCCCAAGGUUUGCCUGUAUGAUCUAUGUAUUACAUGCAUGGCUGUGCCCAUGAAGGCCAGAAAAGGGCAUCAGAUUUCCUGAGACUGGAGUUACAAAUGGCUGUGAGCCACAGCAUGGGUGCUGGGAAUCUAACCGGGUUCCUCUGGAAGAACUGACAGUUCUUUUAACUGUUACACUGUGCAUUCCAUCUCAGACACAAACUUUUUGGCGGGGGAGAGGGUGUUUCAAGAUUUCCCUAUCCCUUUAUAGACCAGGCUGGCCUCUAACUCACAGAGAUCCAUCUGCCCCUGCCCCUGCCCCUGCCCCUGCCCCUGCCCCUGCCCCUGCCCCUGCCCCUGCCUCCCGAGAGCAUGUGCCGCCAUGCCUGGCUGAGGACAAACACGCUUAACUACGGAUCCAGCUAUCCCUGACCAUCCUGACUGCUCAGUUAUGUAAGCUAAAUCAUUCUACUUUGUUAUUAGGCCCUUGUUUUCUUCAACUAUCCCUAAACAAAUUUCCUAACUGUCCACACUAGAACAGAGUCUUUCAACACGAAGAUCAUUUCCAUCCAUCUCCUGCCACAAUCCUGCUUCUAAAUCUCUAAUAGAGCUCUGGCUCUGGUCAAGGUUAAGAAUCACCUAGACAGGGCAUCAUCUAGACUGCCUAGAGGGAAAUGCUGAAUUGUCCAUGGCCCUAUCUAGCUCUAAGCAAGGGGGACACGGGCUUUUUUUUUUUUUUUUUUUUUUUGCUUUGUUUUGUUUUUGGUUGGUUGGUUGGUUGGUUGGUUGGGUUUGUUUGUUUGAGACAGGAUAUUUGACUGUCCUGGGUCUCAUUCUGUAGUCCUGGUUGCCUUCAAACUCAGUGCUGGGCUUAAAAGUCUGCACUGCCACUGCCCAACUAGGGGACAUAGGUUUUGAAACACCUCUUCCAUCAGAAAAUAUACUAAUACACAUAUAGUUACUAAAACAGACUGAAAAUUAUUGUCUAUCUCUGGGCAGGUUGGGGGUCUACAUAGUAAGAUCCCAGCUUAAAAAGACAAAAAGAAGAAGAAAAGAGAACAUGAAGUGAUGUUGUCCUAUCUGUAACCUCAGCACUCUGGAACCAGGGGCAAGAACACCAGGAAGUUGAAGCCAGCCUGUACUACAGGGCAAAGCUCCAGCUGCUUCUGCUUCCAUACUCGGGAUUGAACCCUGAACCAUGUAUCUGGUAGCCAAGUUUUCAGCCACUGAGCCGCACCCCAGCCCAUAAAUGUCUUUUGUAAAAAGUAAGGCAACAAAUCACAGGGAAACUCUUCUGCUACAGAGGUAAAACAAGUAAGGACGCCUAAGAAAUAGCGCAAUGAUUCUUGAAACAUCUAGUUCACUUUUCUAUUCUUAUCUGAUGGAUGUGGUCUCAUCCCAAGGGGUAGGAAGAGAUUUGGAAUGUGCUGGUGUAUGCCAGGGUACUAUCCACCAGCUUGUCAAGCACAGGUACCGGAGAGCUGGAAAUCGAAAGAGUAAUCAAUAUGUAAAUUCACUAUUACUGGGUAAAUAGGGGAAGUGGCAGCACUGGAAUCCGCUGGAGUUGGAGAAGUGAGGAAAUAGGACAGACAAGAGGGAGGGAACUGGUAUCUCACUGUCCCCUUAAGAAUCCUUCCCCAGAGCUUCCAGGGACUAAGCCACUACCUAAAGACUAUACAUGGACUGACCCUGGACUCUGACCCCAUAGGUAGCAAUGAAUAUCCUAGUAAGAGCACCAGUGGAAGGGGAAGCCCUGGGUCCUGCUAAGACUGAACCCCCAGUGAACUAGUCUAUGGGGGGAGGGCGGCAAUGGGGGGAGGGUUGGGAGGGGAACACCCAUAAGGAAGGGGAGGGGGGAGGGGGAUGUAAAGAAAAAAAAAAAAGAA